UUUCAUUUUGAAGUCAACAGGCGUGUAAUUCUCGCAGCCAAGCCAUUCCCCCUAACCCCAAAAUCUCCCAAACUUCAAUCCAAGGAAACCCCAAUUUUUUAAUUUUCCAAUUCUUCAUCAUUUUCCGAUUCAGCGCCCCAAAAUCCCACGCGAAAUCGAGCUGAAUCGACCAAUCCGACCUCCGGAAGAAGCUCAAUUAUUUAUGAUCGGCGACGAUGUAUAGCAAUUUCAAGGAGCAAGCGAUCGAGUACGUACGGCAGGCCGUCGCCGAGGACAACGCCGGAAACUAUGCCAAGGCCUUCCCGCUCUACAUGAACGCGCUAGAGUAUUUCAGGACGCACCUCAAGUACGAGAAGAACCCUAAGAUCAAGGAGGCGAUCACGCAGAAGUUCACCGAGUACUUGCGCCGGGCCGAGGAGAUCCGUGCCGUGCUCGACGAAGGAGGAUCGGGCCCCGCCGCCAACGGGGACGCGGCCGUGGCGACCCGCCCCAAGACCAAGCCCAAGGACGGGAAGGACGGGGAAGGGGAGGAUGGCGAUAAGGAGAAGCUCCGGGCCGGUCUCAACUCCGCGAUUGUUAGAGAGAAGCCCAAUGUUAAGUGGAAUGAUGUGGCUGGAUUGGAGAGCGCAAAGCAGGCGCUGCAGGAGGCCGUGAUUCUCCCCGUGAAGUUCCCACAGUUCUUUACUGGUAAGAGGCGCCCUUGGAGGGCUUUUCUUUUGUAUGGUCCUCCUGGAACGGGAAAGUCAUACUUGGCCAAGGCUGUUGCCACUGAGGCUGACUCAACAUUUUUCAGUGUUUCUUCUUCAGACUUGGUUUCAAAAUGGAUGGGUGAAAGUGAAAAGCUAGUCUCUAAUCUCUUCCAAAUGGCACGUGAAAGUUCCCCCUCGAUCAUAUUUAUUGAUGAAAUAGAUUCCCUCUGUGGAACACGUGGAGAAGGAAAUGAAAGUGAAGCAUCUAGACGAAUUAAAACAGAAUUGCUUGUGCAGAUGCAGGGGGUGGGACACAAUGAUGACAAAGUUCUUGUUCUUGCUGCCACAAAUACUCCUUAUGCUCUUGAUCAGGCUAUAAGGCGGAGGUUUGACAAGCGCAUUUAUAUACCUCUACCAGAUGUGAAGGCACGGCAGCACAUGUUCAAGGUGCAUCUUGGAGAUACUCCUCAUAACUUGAAUGAAAGCGACUUUGAAAGCCUAGCUCGUAAAACAGAAGGUUUUUCUGGUUCAGAUAUUGCUGUUUGUGUUAAAGAUGUCUUGUUUGAACCUGUACGCAAAACACAAGAUGCAAUGUUCUUCAUUAAGACACCUAAUGGCGCAUGGGUGCCAUGUGGACCCAAGCAACCAGGUGCCAUCCAGAUAACCAUGCAGGAGCUUGCUGCAAAAGGACUUGCCGCACAGAUCAACCCACCUCCUAUAUCAAAAUCAGACUUUGACAAGGUGCUUGCUAGGCAAAGACCAACUGUGAGCAAAUCUGAUCUCGAUGUGCAUGAGAGAUUCACAAAGGAAUUUGGCGAGGAAGGCUGACAAACUUGAGGCGCUUUACCCUGCUGCGAUGUGUGUAUCCGGUGACCUUCUGUAUAUUAUGUUUUUUUACUGCAUUCAGAUAUUAGCCCAUCAAACGGGAAGGUUAGACGACUUUGCAUUUUCCUCCAGCAUAUUUGGCCAGGAAAUGAGGCGACACUUCUCAAAUUGCUGUACUUAUUGUUAUUUACAAACAUUAAAACUACUCCAAGAAACGUUGUCAAUAUUGUGUGUUCAUGUGAGGCAACUAAAUGCAGUGGCAUUACAUGAAAGGCUUAUUUUAUCGAUUA